CAUUGUGUAUAGCUAAGAGAUUGAUAGUUUUUAUGUAUCCCACAGAUGAUGAUAUAAAGGAAUAUCUUAACAAACGGUUGGAGUCACUAGAAGAGACUAUAGUUCAACAACAGUGUGUUAAUGAUAUAAAGUCAUACCUUAAUGUAAGUUUGGAGUCACUGGAAGACACUAUAAUUCGACAGCAGACUAAUAAAGACUUUGUCGACCCAGCACACAAUUGUAGCCACAUUAGACAUUGCGACCCAGGAGCUACUUCAGGUUACUACUGGCUGCAGAGCUCCCCUGACUAUGCAGUGAGGGUGUUCUGUGAUAUGGAGAGGGUGUGUGGGUGUGAUGAGGGGGGAGGAGAGUGGAUGAGAGUGGCCGAUAUCAACAUGACUAGACCCAAUGAGAACUGUCCAGCAGGGUUCAGAAAGGUCACUGCCUCCGGCAAGACAAUGUGUGGAGGUCAGAGUUCACGCUGCAUCAGUACCACUUUCGGCUCACAUGGACUCCAGUACAGUCGAGUGUGUGGGAAAAUCAUUGGCUACCAAUUCGCAACUACAGAUGCAUUUGGUAUAACUGGUAGAUCUAUUGACACUAUCUUUGUUGAUGGCAUAGUCCUAUCUCAUGGCUCUCCACGUAACCACAUCUGGACUUUUGCUGCUGGACAUGGUCAGUACAAAACUAAUCGAAAUGGCUGUCCCUGCAAUGGUGCUUCCUACAGUGGAACUAUACCACCAUAUGUUGGCAAUGAUUACUUUUGUGACAGUGGACACCAUGAUACAGGCAAUCCACAGACCUACUUUACUAGCGACCCACUCUGGGACGGUGCUGGCUGUGUUAGUGGCUCCUGCUGUACCUUCAACUCUCCUCCGUGGUUCUGUAAGAACUUGUCCACACCAACUACUGAUGACAUUGAGCUACGUCUCUGUCUGAAUUCGGAUGUUACUAACGAAGACACACCUUUUGAAAUAGUGGAGCUCUAUGUUCAGUGAGCUGGCCACUUGUGACUCGAAACUCAGAAUAUAUACUAUAAUUAGUGGUGUGAGUAUUUACAGCUCUCAUAAAGUGUUGUUUUAAUGAAUGAC